AUGCUGGCUCUAUAUUGGUUGUUUUUAUUCUCCAACAACGUUCAAGCUGGGUUAUUUUUUAACAGGAUAGGCCAAGAUAUCGAUAUAGACAGUGAAUACGAUUUCAUAGUCAUCGGGUCGGGAUCUUCAGGUUCUGUGAUAGCAAGUAGACUAUCGGAAGUACCGGACUGGAAUAUUCUACUUCUAGAAGCUGGCGAGCGAGUCCACUUUAUGAAUCAAGUGCCUAUAAUGGCACCUUUAUAUCAGGUGACCCACUACAACUGGAACUACACCAUGGAGAAACAAGAGGACUUCUGUUUAGCUAUGGAAGAACAAAAGUGCGCUUGGCCUAGAGGAAAGGCAUUGGGUGGGACAACAGUACUGAACUACAUGAUUUACACCAGGGGACAUCCCAAUGACUACGACAAAUGGGAAAAAGAAAAUCCCGGCUGGGGCUACCAAGAAGUUCUGCCUUACUUUCUCAAAUCGGAAAACUGCAACCUUGGCAAGGGGUGUUAUACAAAUUUCCACAGCCGGGGCGGCUAUCUCAACGUAGAAGACUCGUAUAGCAGCGAACUUACAGACGCCUUCAUAGCAGCAGGUCGGGAGCUAGGCUAUAAGCAAGUGGACUACAAUACCGACUCAGUCGUCGGUUUUUCCAGAAUGCAGGCCAAUAUCAAAUUCGGUCGACGACACAGCGCUUCUGCGGCAUUUUUAGGACCAGCGUCCCAAAGGCCUAAUCUGAAGAUAGUAACCGGAGCGACGGUUACCACAAUUAAUAUAAACCCUCUAACCAGAGAAGCCUAUGGUGUGGAAUUCUCCAGAGGGAAAGGUCAAUACUUUGUAAACGCUUCUAAAGAAAUUAUCGUAUCGGCUGGAGUGUUAAACUCGCCGCAGCUUCUAAUGCUGUCUGGAAUAGGACCCCUACAUCAUCUUUUAGAAUUGGGAAUUGAGCCUGUCCAAGAUCUUCCAGUAGGCAAGCAACUGUACGACCAUUUAGGGUUCAUGGGGCUCGUAUUCACUAUCAAUCGACAUAUAGAGCCCAGGCAAAAAAUGUUCGAACCAACUACCAUCUUCGAGUGGAUGUUCAGAGGCACCGGCUUUCUGGCUAGUUUGGGAGGCAUCGAAGCCAUAGCGUACAUCAGUACCAAAAACACCAGCUAUCCGGACAUCGAGCUACUUUUGGCAGGGAUUGGGACGCUUCAAUUUGACAGAGGAACGGUUUCCAGGCGCGGUCUAAGAAUAACUGAAGCGUUUUACGAGAAUUACUUCGAACACUUAGAAAAAAUACCGUGCGUGUCAAUUUUGCCAGUGUUGUUGCAUCCUAGAUCUAAUGGGGAGCUGAAAUUGGCCUCCAGCGAUGCCUAUGAACCUCCCAAAAGUUUCGGUAACUAUUUAACCGACCAAGAGGGACAUGACCUGGAGGUAUUAUUAAAAGGCAUCAGAUUAACUCAAAAACUCAUGGAGAGCGAGGCAUUUCAACAAUAUGGGGCCAAAAUAUACGACAAACCCGUGCCCGGGUGCGAAAACUUUAUUUUCGACACUGAUCAAUAUUGGGAAUGCGCCGUUCGACACCUAGGCGUGACUCUGCACCAUCAAAUCGGCACCUGCCGAAUGGGAAAUGGCUCGAACUCUGUAGUAGACCAGAGGUUACGAGUACGCGGCCUAAAAGGGUUAAGGGUGGCAGAUACAAGCGUUAUUCCGGUUACUAUAUCGGCACACACCAGUGCUCCGGCCAUGAUGGUAGGCGAAAAGGCUUCAGAUAUGAUCAAAGAAGAUUGGGGAGCAUAUAUUUUGGAUUAUUAG